CAAAUAAUAAUAGUGUCGUUACGGACUGUGUCCGCCAGAGGGCAGUAAUGUGUACCGUAAAGAUUUAGUGACUUUAGGGGUCAUUUUGAAUGUUUUUAUGGCUAUUUUUGCUUCAGUUUGUUCAUGUUUUGUCUCAUAUUGUUACUUUAGUGACUUUAGGGGUCCUUUUGCAUGUUUUUAUGGUUAUUUUUGCUUCAGUUUGUUCAUUUUGUGCCUCGUAUUGUUACUUUAGUGACUUUAGGGCUCAAUUUGCAUGUUUUUAUGGAUAUUUUUGAUUCAGUUUGUUCAUUUUUUGUCUCAUAUUAUUACUUUAGUGACUUUAGGGGUCAUUUUGCAUGUUUUUAUGGCUAUUUUUGAUUCAGUUUGUUCAUUUUUGGUCUCACAUUGUUACUUUAGUUACUUUAGGGGUCAUCUUGCAUGUUUUAAUGGCUAUUUUAUUAUUCAGUUUGUUCAUUUUUUGUCUCAUAUUAUUAUCAUAGCAGAGGCUCAUGGGUAACGUGGUUCUGAGGCAGCCAGGAGCAGAGGCUCAUGGGUAACGUGGUCCUCUGUUUCCAGUCUUUAUGCUAAGCUAGGCUAACAGUUCUAACCUCUUUCCAGUCUUUAUGCUAAGCUAGGAUAGCUGUUUUCCUCUGUUUCCAGUCUUUAUGCUAAGCUAGGCUAACAGUUCUAACCUGUUUCCAGUCUUUGUGCUAAGCUAAGCUACCUUGGAGACUAUUUGUUUGUGAGUAAAACGUGUACAUAAGCACAAAUAGAAAUGUCAUGUUAGAAGUUUGUUAUAAUUUGUCAAGUAGUUGAAAUAUGUCAUACAGUGUUGUUAGAAAGCCCUCAUAGUUUGAUCAUGAUGUUGUAUGGGUUGCGUUAUAGUUGUAUUUCCUCCCUUGUUGAGCUAAUCGGAUGAUUGUGUUUUUUUACGUAAUGUCCUUGAACGCACCUCGUGUGUGACGUAGCUUUUCUCCAUGUUGCAGCACAGUUGUUAGCUCGUUCUCUCCUGUGCACGUCUGAACUGGAUGCAUGUUGCAUUUUUUUCUUCCUUAACCUGCUGUGUGUAAAUGAUGAAGUUCAAAGUCAGGCCAGUGGACGGCAUUUGCAGAGACUAUGCGCCUGGGAAGAGCUUCAGCUUUCAGAUCAGAGGUGACCCGGGUGCAAAAGUCAGCCUGGUGGCUGUGGACAACGCUGUGUAUCUUCUCAACAAGGCCAGACUCACACAGAGGAAGAUUUGGGACGUGGUGGAGCAUGGAGACAUUGGCUGCACCCGUGGGGGAGGCCGAGAUGCUAAGGGGGUGUUUUCAGAUGCAGGACCGAUGCAGGACUGAUGCAGGACUGAUGCAGGACUGCUUUAGGACUGCUUUAGGACUGCUUUACUCCUCCAGUACUGGGUUCAAAACUACAACCAGACAAAGAACGCAGACAGUUCAUAGUGGCAAGCCUGAACUGGAGUCAGUUGUGCCAAACUCUGUGCCAGAGACAUUCAUCAAUGUCAGAGGCAGUGUGUGUUGGCAGACAGCACUGAUAACUCAAUCAGCGAGGACUCUCUGGCGUCUCUGAUCCGAAUGCCUGGUGGCUGUGUGGAGCAGAACUUGGCCUCCAUCACUCUGCCACUCAUUUCCACCCUGUACCUGGACCGAAGCAACAGCUGGGAGAGUGUAGGAGUGCAACGCAAGGCUGAGGCUAUCCGAUACAUCAGGAGAGGCUAUGAGAACCAGCUGGCAUACAGAAGGAGCGGUGGCUCCUGUGUCUCUGUACGGCGGAUACGGGGCACAGGAGCAAGCACAUGGCUACCUCAAUGUCAGGAUCACAGCGUACGUGGUGAAGGUGUGGCUGAUGAUGGCCGUUUUGCCAUCAUCGGCAUCAACGAGCAACAAGUGUGUGACCCUCUGCUCUACCUGGUGAAGAAUAAAUUCCGGCAUAGAGAGAAAAUCUACGUAGAAGACAACCCCGUUUACAGCACGACCAUGACUGGUGGUCUCUGUGGUGACGACCCAGAGACAACUCUGACCGCCUUUGUCCACAUCGGUCCCACAUUUGUCCACAAUGCGCUCAAGCAGGCAGGGAUCCACUGCAGCAGUCCAGGUGUAAAUGUGGAGGAAGCCAUCCGUUCAACAUCAGCCUACUUGAAGAGAGCUCUGACGAAGCCUGUGGGGAGAGGAGACCAUACACGGUGGCCAUCGCCUCUUAUGCCCUGGCUUUGGACGGCUUGCCCACCACUCUUCAUGAACUUUUACUCAGAGGUGCAGCUCCAGGUUUCAGCCACUGGCUUGACAGGGAAAACCACUUGUUCAUGCUGGAGGCGACCGGCUAUGCCCUGCUGGCUCUGGUCAAGUGGGGACGAAUGGAGGAAGCUGCUGCACCCUUCAAAUGGCUGAACAGCCAGAGAAGAAGAGGAGGAGGCUUCGGCUCCACUCAGGUACCAGCAGUGAAAUUCUGUCAGCUGAAAGACAGAGGGCAUAAUUUAUGUCCACCGUAAUUUACUUUACCUAUGUUAUUGUACGCAAUAUUAAAUAUAUUCAAAUAUAUCUAAUGGAGACGGGGGGGCAGAUCGCGAGAUGCUGUGAGAUCGCGAGAUUCAGUGAGAGUGACGAAAUUCAACAUGGCGGCUCCCAGCUGCUAGAUGAGAAGUAAACAAAUCGCCGUUAUCUCGACGUAUUUGUAUUAAAAAUAAAUAAAUAAAUAAAACAACAACCUAACUAAA